UCAUUACUAACCAAACAAAGAAUAAUAAAAGGGAAGCUAGUACAGACCGUUGCAGUCGUUAUUGCGUAUGACUUAUUUUUAAAAUCUGGUAUCAUCCAGCUUUGUGUUUCAUUUUUUCCUAGUUAUUUUAUCGAGAUUACUUGGUUAUGUAAUCUGUUAUUUAUACUUUUUGGAAUUUAUCAGUGGAAGACAGCGAUAAACACAAAGUGUGUGGCGUCCCCAGCCCUGUAUCGCCGCUGCUCUUUUUAUAGUUAGCAUUAGCAGCAACGGGGCCCAGGCCAGCUACUUCCUGAAGACACAACACUUUAAAGGAUUCUCUGUUUGCUCGUUUUAGAUAUAUUUCGGUUCAAAUGGCUUGUGGGGCUACUUUGAAACGUACUCUGGACUUUGACCCGUUAAUGAGCCAGGCUUCCCCCAAAAGAAGGAGAUGUGCCCCGGUCAUGUCGCCGGUAUCUUCCCCGCAGAAAUAUUUGCGUAUGGAACCAUCGCCUUUCGGAGAGGUGUCGUCCAGACUCACCACAGAGCAAAUUCUACACAACAUAAAACAGGAGUACAAACGGCUGCAGAAACGUCGACACCUGGACAACGCCUUCCAGCAGACAGAUGGCUGCUGUCCUCUGGAUCUGCAGAACAUUCAGGCUGGGUCUCCUUUACCAGGUACAUCUUCAGGUGCCCUAUCUCCCACCAGGAAGGAGCAGCCACUAUUUUCCUUCAGACAGGUUGGGAUGAUCUGCGAGAGACUACUGAAGGAGAGAGAGGACAAAAUCCGAGAGGAAUAUGAUGAGAUUCUGACAACUAAACUUGCAGAGCAAUAUGAUGCAUUUGUCAAGUUCACACAUGACCAACUGAUGCGGAGGUUUGGAGAGCAGCCAGCGAGUUAUGUCUCCUGAGUUCUGGAUUCUGAUUUUGGGAUUUUCUCUUUGCUGCCAUCUACUCCAGGGACUUGGUGGGGCUUUUCUCCUCGUUGUGCCAUAUUGCCUCUCUAUGGACUUACUGCCUCACGCAUCAGUUAUUGGCAUCAAAAUUAGCUGUUGCUCGGAUUUCUGAGUUUCCUGUUGCCAACAUGUUCUGGAGACUCUACCAGUGGCCUCUUAACUGCCAUGUUGUAUUUGGCUUUCCUCUGAUGCCUUCAUAAAAGGCUCUCAUCACACACUUGGCCUUUUUGAUUUCACCUCUUAAUUCUUUUUGUGUUAUUUUAAAAGAAUGUGAGUUGUGGAGCUUUUCUAUGUCUACGUUUUUCUUUAAAAGGGAUUGGAGAUCGAUUAGUAGAAGGAGGGAAGGCAGGACUGGACUUAGUUGACUUUCUUCAACAUUGUAUAGACUGUUCUGAUUAUUACUGCUUUUAGACUUGUACAUUUGUAUACACUGUAUUUCAUUUGUUUCUUUUGUUUUACAUUUUUGGCUUGUCUUUGGUUCACUGUAUCCCAAUGUUAUGACUUUGAUUUGCUAUAGAUUCAAAGGGGCUUUGAUUCAAAUGAUGUAAAUUAAUAAAAUAUCGGCACAAACA